UUAUAAAUUUGCCCUAGCAGCUCAAGCUGCCUGGCAUCGCCUCUCUCCAUCUCGAGCUUUCAACAUUCUCCGUUCAACCUCCGACCAUUUUCCGACGAGGGAAAUACCAUCUCCGGCGUGAAUGACGAAUAGGAUCUACCCCAAAUCUCACGCAUUCGAAUCAACAAAAUACGCCAUCUCCACCACCGCUGACAUCCAAUGUCCUCCUCCGUCACCGCCACCUCCGGCGACCCUCACAGUAUGGAGAAAAUCGCUUCUCUUCAACUGCAAAGGCUUCACCGUCUUUGAUGCCGAAGGAAAUCUCGUCUUCCGCGUUGAUAAAUAUGAUAGAUCUGACAAGGGAGAGAUAGUCCUCAUGGACGCUGCUGGAAAUCCCCUUCUCACAAUCCGUCGAAAGAAACUGAGUUUGGGAAAGCACUGGGAGAUCUAUGACGGCGAGGAGUCGGUGAAUCCGCGGUUCUUGGUGAGGAAGCACGUGAACUUCUUGCAACUUAAAUCAAUGGCGCAUGUGACGAGUUCCGAUGGUGGGCUGGUGUACGAGAUCGAGGGAUCGUAUACGCAGCGUUCCUGCGCGGUGUAUGAUGAGAGGCGAAUCGCGGUGGCGGAGAUCCGGCGAAAGGAGGAGGUAAGUGGGGUGGAUUUUGGUCUAGACGUUUUCCGGCUUAUUGUUCAGCCGGGGUUUGAUGCCGCUGUGGCCAUGGCUUUUGUUGUUUUGCUUGAAGAGAUGUUUGGAUCUAGAAGUUUGGCUAUCUCGACCCGAUGAAAUUUUCGGUGAAAAAAGAGAAUUAGGGUUUCGGUUUUGUGCCAUUUUUUGCUUCUUCUUGUUCGAGAAGAGAUUACAGUGUAAAGAGAUCCAGCUCGGCUUCCAUUGGUGUUUGUAAUAUAUUUCGCUGGCAGCAUCGAGCAGUGAUUUUGUAUAUUCUGAUUUCAAAAAAAAAAAAA